AUGCCGCCGAAGUUCGAUCCCUCUCAAGUUGUCGACGUAUUUGUCCGAGUUACCGGCGGAGAAGUCGGUGCUGCCAGUUCCCUUGCCCCCAAAAUCGGACCGCUCGGCCUCUCCCCCAAAAAAAUUGGAGAAGACAUCGCCAAGGAAACCGCUAAGGACUGGAAGGGCCUCCGCGUGACCGUCAAGCUAACUGUCCAGAACCGCCAGGCCAAGGUCACCGUCGUCCCCUCCGCAGCAGCCCUUGUCAUCAAAGCACUAAAGGAGCCUGAGCGUGAUCGCAAGAAGACGAAAAACAUCAAGCAUAACGGAAAUAUCUCUCUCGAUGACGUAAUCGAGAUUGCGAAAGUGAUGAGUCCUCGCUCCAUGGCGAAAGAUUUGAGCGGUACCGUGAAGGAGAUUUUAGGCACGUGCGUGUCGGUUGGGUGCACCGUGGACGGGAAGGAUCCCAAGGACUUGCAGCAAGAGAUCACUGAUGGAGACGUUGAAAUUCCACUAGACUAA